GAGAGAUUACGGUGUCAGUAGAAGAGCCUGUGCGAAAGCGGCAGAAGCUCAUGCGUUUAAACGGCUCUUUCUCGAAUUAAUCCCUGACAUUUCGCCCUUAGAAUAAACCUUGAGCACUUCAAGAUACGAACUUGAUCAUUCGUGUCAUAAAAGAAAGGACCUGAAUCGAAACAAAGAGCUGUUAUUUUUUUCUGUCGUGUCGUGGUCUUCCUUCUUCCUCUUUCUUUUGUUUAGGUCCUGCAGUGUUCAAACGCACGGCGGAGUUAACGUGAGCAAACGAUAGCUUUAAUCGAGAUAAAAUAAUAAGACAGAAGGAAAUAUAGAGAGGCCAGCCCGUCCUUCUCAUCCGUUUACGCAUCUGUGGUGUCCAACUGGACCAGGAGUGAGAGUCUAAUGCCCCCGGAGGAUGAGCCCAGCCAUCGAAGGGAUGCAGACAGAGCCGCAGGGGUUUUUGGGCAAAGGGGUGCUCCUUGAGCCCUUUGUGCACCAGGUGGGGGGACACUCAUGUGUGCUCCGCUUCGGGGAGCAGACAAUAUGUAAGCCCCUCAUCCCCCGGGAGCACCAGUUUUAUAAGAGCCUCCCUGCGGCUAUGCGGAAGUUCACCCCGCAAUACAGAGGUGUGGUGUCAGUGAGUUUCGAGGAGGAUGAAGAAGGGAAUCUGUGUCUUAUAGCAUACCCUCUGCACAAUGAGCUUGGGGACUUGGAGAAUGUGGACCCCUCGGCUGAUCUGGAACCCAAUAACAAAAUAACAUGGGUCUCCAAGAUGCUGCUGGACAAUGACAGCUACAGCAAAGCGGUCCAACAUGCUCGAAAGGAUAAGGACAAGAGUGUGAAACGCGAGGAGGAGCUGGAAUGGCUCAAGCAGGCCGAGGUUUUCUACUACAGCCUGGAGAGGAGCAAUGCUGCCAGCCCUCAGCUAAAGCACAACCCCUGGAGCCUCAAGUGCCACCAACAACACCUGCAGAGGAUGAAGGAGAACGCAAAACACCGCAAUCAAUACAAAUUCAUCCUGCUGGAGAACCUGACAUGGCGCUACGCAGUUCCUUGCGUGCUUGAUCUGAAGAUGGGCACGAGGCAGCACGGCGAUGACGCCUCUGAAGAGAAGAAGGCCAUGCAGAUCCGCAAGUGUCAGCAGAGCACAUCUGCCAGCAUUGGAGUCCGCCUCUGUGGCAUGCAGGUCUACCAUCCAGCCACGGGUCAGCUCAUGUUCAUGAACAAGUACCACGGCCGUAAGCUGACCCUGUCUGGCUUCAAAGAGGCCAUCUUUCAGUUCUUCCAUGAUGGGAGACGCCUACGACGUGAACUCUUAUCUCCAGUCCUGCGGAGGCUGCGAGACAUGCAGGCUGCGCUGGAGGCCUGCGAAAGCUACCGUUUUUACUCUAGCUCGCUCUUGAUAAUCUACGACGGAGACCCGCCACGAACGCGUCACUCUGCUGAGGAUGGGCUUUCGGAAGAGGAGGAGGAAGAAGAUGAUGAAGAGGAAGAAGAAGAAGAGGAGGAGGAGGAAGAAGAAGAAGAGGGAGCUGCAUUUGGUUUUCCUCAUGGUGCAGGUGCAGCCAGUAGCAGCAGUGGUGCUUGCGGUGGUGGAAGUAGCACCAGUAGCUCUUCGGUGGUGCGACGGAUGGCCAGGUCAGACAGUGGGCCAGCUGUAGAUGUACGCAUGAUUGACUUUGCCCACACCACAUGUAGGCACUAUGGGGAGGACAGUAUAGUCCACGAGGGCCAGGAUAGCGGUUACAUUUUCGGACUGGAAAACCUCAUUACCAUAAUUUCCCAACUUGAGGACCACAGCACAGACUAAACCACCGCUUUGUUUAAGCAUGGCAUUCAAAUGGGGAAAUGCUUUGUUCUCUUUCUCUUCCUUGUUUAUUCAAUCCAUUAUGACGUCCGGCUCAGUAAAAUCUCAGAGCUCCACCUGUUCAGUUGUUUUUGGUGUCUGUUUUUGUGUGCGUAGCGGAUUAAAAAAGGGUCAAGAGACUAACAUUGGGAUCAACAACUUCCUCAGUGUUUAGUAGCUUCACUCACUUCCCUUAUGUACUGUUACAAUGUUGACGCCAUUGCCCUUUUUGUUCUAUUUAUUGAGAAAAUGGUUAUUUACUGAUUAAAAAAGGACCUUAUUUUGUUCCAGUGCUCACUCGGAGAGAGGGUUCCGGAACUUGUUAUUAGCUUCCGAGUGCUCCUUGUUGGAUGAAGGAACGGUAGGUUGUAAAUGGAAGACUGUUAAGUGUUACUCUACAGCACUGUCCCCUUGCACCUUUACCCAUCGUGAAGAGACAACUAUAUUCAGAUUGUUAGUUGACAUAAAGAGACUAUAAUAAAGCUUUAUUUAUUUGUCAUAUUUCCUAAAUAAACUAAAAAGAAAAAAACAUUGAAAAGGUGAAUGGAGAUUCAAAACUACAUUCCAUGUUAUUAAUGUUACAAUAAUGAUAUUAAUGAAUAUUAUUAUUUGACAUGUUCAGAUACCUCUCUGUUGUACACGGUAUGUUGGAGGAAUAAUAAAACAUGUUUGUGUUAAAA